UCCAAUAGGUCAAAGUCAACUUCUAUCUCUCUUUGUAUACAAACUUUUGGAACCACAUAGAAAAGGAGAUAACACAACUAUUGCCUCACAAGUCACAACAACAUUCCUAAAGUUUUUGUCCGCAAUGAUCCAAAGUCCACCAAACCGAGAUCAUGUGGAGGAUCAUCAAUCAUUUGAUCUGGAAGAUUGGCUUCCAAUAACAGCAUCAAGAAAUGCAAAUUGGUACUAUUCAGCUUUCCACAACGUAACUGCAAUGGUUGGUGCUGGAGUUCUUGGCCUUCCCUACGCCAUGUCAGAGCUUGGAUGGGGACCUGGGGUUGCGGUGCUGAUCCUCUCAUGGGUGAUCACGUUGUACACCCUCUGGCAAAUGAUUGAGAUGCACGAGAUGUUUGAAGGGCAACGGUUUGAUAGGUACCACGAGUUGGGUCAGGCAGCCUUUGGGAGGAAGCUUGGUUUGUACAUCAUCGUGCCGCUACAGCUUCUUGUUGAAACCAGUGCGUGCAUUAUCUAUAUGGUGACCGGAGGUGAAUCGUUGAAAAAGGUUCAUCAACUUUCUGUGGGAGAUGACAAGUGCACAAAGCUGAGAAUCCGACACUUCAUUUUGAUAUUUGCCUCUUCACAGUUUGUGCUCUCCCUUCUAAAGAACUUCAACUCAAUUUCCGGUGUCUCUUUGGUAGCUGCCGUCAUGUCUGUAAGCUAUUCCACGAUAGCUUGGGUAGCCUCACUGGCAAGGGAGGCCCCAGAGAGUGUCAAGUACGGUUACAAAACAAGAUCAAACUCGGUGCCGUUAGACUUGUUAGGUGGACUGGGGGAGAUGGCUUUUGCGUACGCAGGUCAUAACGUUGUUUUAGAAAUUCAAGCAACGAUCCCAUCAACACCAGAGAAUCCGUCGAAACGACCCAUGUGGAAGGGAGCCAUCGUAGCCUAUCUCAUCGUAGCUUUCUGCUACUUCCCUGUGGCUCUUAUAGGGUUUAAGACCUUUGGGAACAAUGUCGAAGAAAACAUACUGACAUCACUCCAUGAUCCCAAGGCACUUAUCAUUCUUGCCAACAUGUUUGUGGUCGUACACCUCCUCGGAAGCUACCAGGUGUACGCAAUGCCCGUGUUUGAUAUGAUCGAAUCUGUAAUGAUAAGGAAAUGGCACUUCAGGCCAACUAGAGUUCUAAGGUUUAGCAUCCGAUGGACAUUCGUGGCUGCCACGAUGGGUAUUGCAGUGGCAUUACCGUAUUUCAGUGCUUUGCUAUCAUUUUUUGGGGGAUUCGUGUUUGCCCCAACCACAUACUUUAUCCCUUGCAUCAUAUGGUUGAUCCUGAAGAGACCAAAUAGAUUUAGUCUAUCAUGGUUUAUCAAUUGGAGUUGCAUAAUUCUUGGGGUUGUACUGAUGAUCAUUGCACCUAUUGGGGGACUCACGAAAUUAAUAUAUCAGAUCAAUAACGACAGUCUACCUAACUCAAACUGCACCAUCACCUGAAAAGGUAGAAAAUUUCUUCGUUUGGAUUCCACGAAUUGUCAGUUCUUGUAUUACACAAACUCAGAUUCAGAUGAUUAUGCUCUUUCUUCCGGUUUGGUUCAUCAUACAGUUAAUCUAGACUCAGAUUUGAUA